AUCUUUGCACCCGUUGUCCACCCGUCGACAGCGCACAACGCGCGCACGGCGCACGCUGCUUUCUGACGCCUCGAGGUCAGCCAACUCUCUACAUUCACUGCGCUCUUACUGGAGGGAAUGCAGAAAUGGCGAGCAAUGAGCUCGAAGAAGAGGGUAGCGUGCAGGCCCUCGUCCAAUCUUUCGCCAUGAUCAUAUUCUCCGAAAUUGGCGACAAAACGUUCCUAAUAGCCGCAAUUCUCGCUAUGCGUCACCCAAGACUCGUCGUCUUCAGCGGGGCAUUCGGCUCGUUGGUGGUCAUGUCCAUUCUGUCCGCAGCGGUCGGCCACCUGCUCCCAGCCCUCAUCCCGAAGUCAUGGACGCAGCUAGCAGCAGCAGGCCUGUUCUUCGUAUUCGGUGCGAAGAUGGUGAUGGAGGCGAGGGAGAUGAAGGGCGGAAACGACAAGAUACAGGAGGAGAUGCGGGAGGCAGAGGAGGAGAUCGAGGCAGCAGAGGCGGAGCUGGACCAUACUGGCAAAGUCGCUCAGAAUGGAGAGGUGAUACCGCUGGAGGAGAUUGAAGAAGGCGGAAGGCCGGAAAGGCAUGAUGGUACGAAUGGACACGCGAGACGACCGUCGUUGGGUUCAGGUGUUAGCAAAGCAAGCUCGAUCAAGGAAGGGGUACGGAACCUCUUCAGCUUCCUCCUGGGACCCGUGUUUGUGCAAUCCUUUGUGCUGACCUUCCUGGGUGAAUGGGGGGACCGAAGUCAGAUAGCUACUAUCGCUCUGGGAGCUGCUCAUAACGUCUACCUUGUCACAAUCGGCACGAUCAUUGGUCAUUCGUGUUGUACGGCGCUAGCUGUCAUUGGUGGCCGCUACGUCUCGACCAAAAUCUCCGUCAAGCAUGUCACGCUUGGCGGUGCCCUUCUCUUCCUUCUGUUUGGCUUCAUCUAUCUAUACGAGGCUCUUGGCGUGGUGGACAAGGACAUCUCAAUACCGGCCUAUGAUCCUCCAUCGAAUCCAGUGCCAUGAAAUGGAUGAGACAGUAUCACUUGUAGACAUAUCUUGGACAUAUAAUAUCUCAUUCUCUUUGGAUCUGUAGCGAAUGCAGACUCGCUCGCAGACAAGUUUCCUG